AUAUCCUUAUAUUUACUUUGAUUUUUGAUUUUCUACCUACAUAACCCCGUUGUUGUGUUCUGUUUUCGCUUUCUUCUUAUAGAAGCCAGGACCUACCCAACUAAGCAACAACCCCCUCCCCCGCCCCCCUUGGCUGGCAGUCACGUUCGAAGCGGAUCUCAUUCUCCAUCCAUGAUCCCCAUGUCCAUGUCGGUCUCUGAUCGUCAGAACGACAAAGCUCCAAGUACUCCGUAUUGUUUAGAAAUUGUUGCAGUUGGCCACGUACCCUGCUCAUGAGCCCAUGCCCACGAUCACCUUCACACGACGACGUCAAAUCCAUACCCGGACAUACUGGGACUGUAAUUGAUGUAGCAACAACAUCAUCCAUUGACGACCCCCUCAAUCCACCCAAACGUUCUCCGCCACUCUGUCCCUCUCGGUCCUCAUACGACUAAGGUGUCGCAUGUCUUAGCACAAGGCUGUGGGCAACGACAGCAAGGCCUUGCUGGUCGCGCAAAAGAAGAAGCAUUUCUGGGUCAUAGAAGAUGUCCUGGGCACGACUACAGCCAUCUGGGAGUCCAGGGGCGCCUCUGCUCCCUCUCCAGAACCUCCCUAUUAUAAAGACGGAGGGCCAUGAGCCAGACACUCCUUCCCGAGAGCGCUCACGGCCAACUCGCCACCACACUCGCUCUCCAUCCUCGGUAUUGAAGACUAUAGCAGAUGAUUAUGCGACUUUAACGCCCGCCGAAACCGCCGCCAGGCUCCAGAGCAGCCUCACCCAUGGCUUGCCCACUUCCGAAGCAUUCAGACGAUUACAAGACCAUGGACCAAACGAACUACCUCAUGCGCCGCCGGAGCCAUUAUGGCUUCGCUUCGCCAAACAAUUCAUGGAGCCCAUGAUCGUGUUGCUCCUCUGCUCCGCGGGGCUUUCAUUACUUGUCGGGAAUAAGGAUGAUGCGCUCAGCAUCAGCAUUGCAGUGACAAUUGUUGUUGCUGUAGCGUUUGUACAAGAAUACCGGUCUGAGAAGAGCAUCGAGGCAUUGAAUCAUUUGGUUCCCAACCAUGCACAUCUCAUUCGGGCGGAGCAACCACGGCAACCACAAGCUGCCUGGUCGCCCCUGAACGAGGGUGCCCCAAAUAACGGAUUGGCAACGGAUUUGCAGGAUGAGACAGCUGUCGAACAGGCGUCCACGAAAGUAAUGGCGUCAACUCUUGUGCCAGGGGAUCUCGUCUUGUUCACGACUGGCGAUCGCAUUCCAGCCGAUAUCAGGGUCACAAAAGCCUCGGAUUUAACCAUCGACGAGUCUAACCUGACUGGCGAGAACGAACCUGUCCGGGUUAUGGCAGAUGCGAAACGUCGGGUCCCCUCCAGAUCCCCUUCGAGGGCCAACAGCUACGGGUACAAUCUACAACCAGCCACACAACCUCACCCAAAUGGCCCAGAAAUCGCAGAUCCCGACACUCAGUCAUCUAAUCGUACAAACAUUGCCUAUAUGGGGACACUUGUGAGGUCUGGAUAUGGGCAAGGAAUUGUUUAUGCGACUGGAGGACAAACUCACUUCGGCGCAAUUGCUGCCAGUGUCACUGAGACCGAAAGUCCCCGCACUCCCCUCCAGGUUUCCAUGGAUGCUUUAGGUGCCCAACUUAGCCAGGCAUCCGGCGUGUUCAUCGCGUUGAUUGCACUUGUUGGCUGGUUCCAGGGAAAGAAGAUCCUUGAUAUCUUUACCAUUUCCAUAUCGCUGGCUGUUGCAGCUAUCCCUGAAGGCUUGCCGAUCAUUGUCACGGUGACAUUGGCUCUAGGUGUUCAUCGCAUGGCUCGCCACAAUGCCAUUGUUAGAAGACUACCUAGUGUUGAGACCUUGGGUUCUGUCAACGUUGUUUGCAGUGAUAAGACAGGUACUCUGACCAUGAAUCAUAUGACUACUACAAAGAUGUGGUAUUUUGGCGCAAGCAAGAUGUUAGAUGUAGAGACGGACGAUUCCGAGUCCUCGCCAGACUCUGUUGCUUUACGCAUUCUUCGCAUUGGCAACAUAGCAAAUAAUGCUCGAGUGACAAAUCUCCAUACGGCCUCGGUCUCGGCAUCAUCCAGAGCUGUUCUCUCAUCUACUCAGAGUAACCACUCGCCUUCAGAUAUUCUGCGAAGUCGAUGGGUUGGCGCACCCACCGAUGUUGCCAUGAUGGACCUUGUGGACCGCUACAAAGAAUCCGAUAUCCGAGAUGCACUAGGGCACCGCCUCGGCGAAACUCCAUUCAGCUCUGAGAGAAAAUGGAUGGGCGUCACGCUUCCCGGCGACCGUGGCAGAGAUACAAAUCCUGGCGACCGAGAAGUCGCCUAUAUGAAGGGCGCCAUCGACAGAGUGCUCAGUCGAUGUGAUACGUACGUUACAAGUGAAGGUCGAGAAAUCGUUUUGGAUUCAGCACGAAGACAGGAGGCUUUAGAAGCUGCGGAGAAGCUGGCGGCGGAGGGCCUUCGGGUGUUGGCAUUUGCAAGUGGCACAGUUCCGCGAUCUGCGAGACUGUCUGCAACGUCUUCACGGAGCAACACACCCAUGACCAAGGCCCCAUCGGGACCUCAUCUGCCUGCAACACAUGAUGAUGAUGUGUAUAACGGGCUCACUUUUGCAGGUAUUGUGGGCAUGAGUGACCCCCCGAGGUAUGGUGUGACUAAGUCUAUAAGCACGCUCAUGAAGGGCGGUGUGAGAGUCAUUAUGAUCACAGGUGAUGCUGAGGCAACGGCGGUGGCAAUCGCAAAGAAGCUAGGAAUGCCCGUUGCGGCUCCUAGGCAGCACACUUCGAGCUCCGUCGCUGUUAAGCCUGUCCUGAGGGGCGAUGAGAUCGAUGAUAUGACUGAUGAAGAAUUGAAGGGGGCUAUUGGCAGCACUUCCAUCUUUGCAAGGACAAGUCCAGACCACAAGCUGAAGAUUAUCCGCGCACUUCAAGCUCGCGGCGAUAUUGUGGCUAUGACCGGUGACGGAGUCAAUGAUGCACCUGCGCUAAAGAAAGCCGACAUUGGAAUUUCCAUGGGACUACACGGCACGGAUGUCGCUAAGGAGGCUGCGGAUAUGAUCCUUACCGACGACGACUUCUCAACCAUUCUUCAUGCGAUUGAGGAAGGAAAGGGCAUAUUUUCAAAUGUUCAAAAUUUCCUAACAUUUCAACUGAGCACCAGUGCCGCGGCGCUGAGCUUAGUUUUUAUCUGCACGUGUUUGGGGUACAGAACACCCCUAAACGCGAUGCAGAUUCUCUGGAUAAACAUCAUCAUGGAUGGUCCACCUGCUCAGUCAUUGGGCGUUGAACCUGUCGACGCCGAUGUGAUGGCUCAACCACCACGCCGUAAAGGCGCGCCAGUCUUGACAAGGACUCUCAUCCAGCGCGUCUUGACUUCUGCGUUUAUCAUCAUGGCUGGCACUAUGCUAGUCUACACCCACGAGAUGCUCGACGGUACCGUUUCGAAGCGCGACACUACCAUGACAUUUACCUGCUUUGUGCUCUUCGACAUGUUCAACGCCCUCUCUUGCCGCUCGGAAUCCAAAUCGGUCCUGCGCGGUGAGGUUGGCUUGUUCUCGAAUACUUUAUUUAACUGGGCCGUAAGCCUGUCACUGAUCGGCCAAUUAAUGGUUAUAUACUUUCCGUGGCUGCAGGAAGUAUUCCAGACCGAGGCACUUGGAAUCUUCGACUUGAUAUCGCUGGUAAUGGUAACCAGCACUGUAUUUUGGGUUGACGAGGGACGAAAGUGGUAUAAGGGCCAAAAGAAGAGGGGGAUUGGAGGAUACAGCCAGCUUGUGUAGCUGGAGUUCUACGAUUAUAGCAUUGGAAGAUCUUGUAUAUAACGUUAGAAAAUCGACAUACCAUUGAAUGAAUAAUGCAAUAGAGACA